AUGAAUGUCAACAAGAAACUCGACCGCUUCAAGCAAUGGGCGGGCGAACGCAUGGGUGGGGAGGUCAAGACCAACGUGUCGGACGACUUCAAAGCCCUGGAGGUCGAGAUGGGUUUGAGACAAGAAGGUCUUGAAAAGAUGCAGAGGUCCAUGACUGCCUACGUCAAAGCCAUCUCCAAGCGAUCCGAGAUGGAAGGCAAGGAGAAGACACUACCCAUCGCCUAUAUGGGAGGCACCAUGAUUUCUCAUGGAGAUGAUUUUGAGCCUGAUUCUGAGUUCGGACAAUGCCUUAAUAUGUUUGGCCGGACGCAGGAGAGAUUGGCUCGAGCUCAGGAGGCGUAUAUUGCCAGUGCCACCUCCAGCUGGUUGGAGUCCCUCGAACGAUCUCUGGUGCAAAUGAAAGAAUACCAAGCGGCGAGGAAGAGGCUCGAGACGAGGCGGCUCGCAUACGACACAUCGCUCGCAAAGAUGCAGAAGGCCAAAAAGGAAGACUUCCGGGUUGAAGAAGAACUACGCAACCAAAAGGCCAAAUACGAAGAGUCCGCCGACGAUGUCUAUAGGAGAAUGGAGGAUAUCCGUGAUGCGGACCCGGAGAGUGUUGCAGAUCUUGGUGCCUUCCUGGACGCCGAACUCGAAUACCAUGACAAGUGCAGAGAAGCGCUCUUGCAGUUGAAAGCCGAAUGGCCGGCCAGAUCACAGCCACAAUAUCGAGGAGGCCGACCUACUCCACGUUCAAGAUCAAACACCGUUCGUUCUUAUACGCAGCAUAUUGAGCCCGUGGAGGAAACACCAGCGGUCGAAGUCCGGCCAGCAAUCCGGUCCAGUCGCACACAGCCCGCUCGGUAUGCGGAAAAUUCAAUGGCUGACUACUCUCCUGGUGUAUCUCCCCGACCAAACUUUGCCAGGUCGAGCACAAUAGACAGCCCAGCAUAUUCGAGCAGAGAGUUGUCUCCUGGGACCAGACCUCUGAUGGCUCGAGUACCUAGCGAUUCUCUGAUGAUUCGUACGGCUCGAUCGCAACUCCGCAACGUUGAGGAGCAUGAUGUCUUCGCCGACGACUCUGCAUCAUACACUAACAGCAGUCCUGACCAUGGUUACGCCGAACAGUCUGUCUCUCCAGCGACUUCACAAGGAAGCAAUUCCUUUCCACCGUCAACGGGGAGAAAGAGUUCUGCACCACCCCCGCCGCCCCCCUCGCGUGCUAAAAAGCCACCUCCACCUCCAGUCCCGGCAAAGAGAACCGUCCUUACCUGA